UGCUUCCUAUAUUUUGUUGUUGAUUGACGUUGGACAUGGAAUCCAAAAAUUCUGCAACUCUUCAAAUUCCUCAUUCUGAAUCCAUGAAUUCUGAGUUAUACCAAUGUGUAAGCUCAGGGGACUACAACAAAUUCAUUUCUCUAAUCAACUCCAACCCUUCUCUUCUCCUCCAAACCACCAUCCAGAGCAACACCCUUCUCCAUGUGGCCGCUGCCUUCAAUCAGAAAAGCAUUGCCGAGGAGAUCAUCCACCGUCACCCUCCGAUUCUCUACGCGAUGAACUCAAAAAAGGACACUGCGCUGCAUCUGGCUGCGAGGCUAGGGAGCUUCCAAGUUGCGGAGCAUCUUAUUGAAUGUGCUGAGAAGUGUCGUUUUGGUGAUGAUUUGGAGGCCGAUGAUUAUCGAGAUAAGGAGUUGUUGAGGAUGGUGAAUUUGGAGAAGGACACUGCGCUUCAUGAUGCUGUGAGGAACGGCUAUGGUGAGAUUGCGAAGCUUUUAGUGAAGGAACGUCCGGAGCUGGUGAUGUACGCGAACGGAGUCAGAGAAUCUCCGCUGUUUGUGGCGGUGGAGGAGGAUUAUUUGGAGAUUGCACAAGAGAUUCUGAAAGUGGAUUUGAAUUGCUUGUACGGAGGAAGAGAUGGCGCCAAUGUUCUUCAUGCCAUUAUCAUUCGAACCCUCAAACGGUAUACACAGAAUCUGAUUGAGACUCCACUUAGAGUGUAUCUGGCUCUUCCAGUGUUAUAUGUCAACCAUUUCCUUCCACAAGUGCUGGGUUUGCCUUAUUGGGAAAGGAAAAUCACUUGUAAACUUAGGCCCUCUCAAAAAGAUAUUAUUCAGAAGGUGUUGGACAAGUUCCCAAACAUUCUUAUAGAACCCGACAUUUACGGAUGGCUUCCCCUUCAUUACGCUGCCUACCUCGGCUCCAAGGAACUCGUCGAACUAAUACUAAACCAUAAACCAUCCACUGCUUAUGAGAAAGACAAAAAUGGCGACUCGGCCUUGCACUUAGCCGCGAAAGAAGGCCGUUCCGCCGUCCUCAAAACCUUUGCAAGGCUCUGUCCCGACAGCUGCGAGCUAUUGGACUCAAAGGACCAAACAGUCCUCCAUGUUGCGGUCGCUAACCGGCAGGCCUACACUGUCCGAAGGAUCUCGGGGUUGAGAAGCUUUAGAAACUUGGUGAACCAAAAGGACAUUGAUGGGAACACUCCUUUGCACGUUGCUGCCAUUGUUGGGGACUAUGUUACGAUCAUGUUGUUGGCUUCACAUGGGAGAGUAGACAAGAAGAUUAUGAACAACGCUGGCUUUACUACAAAUGAUAUCAUUCGAUUGAAUCCCAAGUUUAGUUGGUAUGAAAAGUCUUUCAGCAUAGCACGUUUGGAAUUUAAUGGAGCUUUACGAGGAAUGGAGCAAGUGCUAGCUAGAAAAUCAAAAAGCUAUAAUCCAUUGCUUGAAAAAGAGGAACCAAAACCAAAUGUCACAGAACAAGAAAUCAAUAGAGCCAUUGUUCUUAACAAUAAUAAAGGCAGUAAUCAACUUCAGAAAUCGCAAAUAUGGAGCGAACUAUCGGAUGCAAAUCUUGUUGUAGCAACUAUUAUUGCAACAGUUACCUUCAGCGCUGCCUUCCAAGUUCCCGGUGGAUACCAAAGUGAUGGGAUGGCGGUACUACGGAAGGAAAAAUAUUUUAGAUUGUAUUUGCUAUCUGAUGCUUUGUCUUUCGGGUUUGCGGCGGCGUCGAUGUUCGUCACAUUUUUUACGGGAUUGUUCGGGGCGAAUUCCGGGUUCAGUUACCCUAGAAGAUGGGUUACAUUCUUGACAGGUACUUCUGUUUGGUUUAUGGUGUUUGCAUUCAUGUUGGGGACAAGUGCAGUGAUGGCAGAACAUUCAGGGUUUGCUGGGUUGGCUCGUUCUGUGGCUUGUUUUUCUUUUAUUUGGCCAGUGGUUUUCUUAGGGGCUGUGGCUGUUAAUUGGUUUACUUAUUUUCCUUGACCCACAUUAAUAAUAUUGUAAUUUUUUGUGUAAUAAAAAGAUUAUGGGGUCAAAAAUAAGAAUGUUGGGUACAUCUUGAUGAUACCCUGUCAAUGCAAUACUUAGGUUUUAUGCAGUAAAAUUUCUGCUAUAUACAUUUGUGCGAGUCAUCUAUAAAAGAAAAGACAUUUGGUUGUUUAAAAUGAAGCCCAUUCGCUUGAGUUUUUUUGGA